CUAUUCUCUUUCUUCAACUGAAUUUCCCAUUUCCUUUUCGUUCUUUUCCAAUCAUCACACCAGCAAGCAAGCAAGCCUUGAGUGAUUACCUUCAUCACCCACGCUUCAAACUCUUCUUCCCCAACUCUAAAUAACACACUAUCACCACGGUCUGAUCACAUGGGCAAAACAUUGUUUAGGCAAUGAUUGCUGGGCGUAAAAGUAGUAUCUAAAUCAGAGCAAGCCAGGAACGCAAGAUUCUUGUUAUGGUCUUCGACUAACGAUGGUGUAAUCUUUAAUAUAUAUUGAUAAACCAACCUCAUCUCGGCUCGUGAGAACUGAAUCCAAUGAGCUUCAAAUCUAACUGAAUAACAAACAGAGGAGAGUUGGCUCAAAAUCAGGGAUUUUUUUCAACAAAUCCAUCGUCGCAAUUCAAUACAGGUUCACACCCAAACUUUGUCGAUCUUUCUUUGAUCCAUUGGUGGUGAUGGGUUUCCAAGGAGAUGAAGAGUCCUCCGCUCCUCGGGUUUCAUCAAAAUCCCAAUUCAGAUUUAACUCUCCCCUGGUUCAGGUUUUCUUAAUUGGACUGGUUUGCUUUUGCUGCCCUGGUAUGUUCAAUGCCCUUAGUGGUAUGGGAGGUGGAGGCCAAAUGAAUACAGCAGUUGCUGAUAACGCUUCCACCGCCCUCUACACCACUUUUGCAAUAUUCGGCAUCAUCGGCGGCGGCGUAUACAACAUCCUUGGCCCUCGUCUCACCCUCUUCGCCGGCUGCAUCACUUACGUUCUCUACGCUGGCUCCUUCCUCUAUUACAAUCACUUCAAGGACCAAACCUUCGCUAUCAUUGCAGGAGCAAUUCUUGGUGUGGGUGCUGGCUUCCUAUGGGCUGGUGAAGGCGCCAUCAUGACUUCCUAUCCCCCCCCUGAUCGAAAGGGCACUUACAUUUCCAUCUUUUGGAGUAUUUUCAACAUGGGUGGUGUUGUUGGUGGUCUUAUUCCCUUUAUACUAAACUACCAUCGCACCACUGCUUCUUCCGUCAACGAUGGAACCUACAUUGGAUUCAUGUGCUUCAUGUCCAUUGGGGCUCUCAUCUCUCUUGCCAUUUUGCCCCCCAGUCGUGUGGUUCGUGAUGAUGGUUCACGAUGCACCAAUAUCACGUACUCUAGCGUAUCAGUUGAGUUUGUAGAGAUUCUCAAAUUGUUCCUUAAUUGGAAGAUGUUGUUGAUUGUUCCUGCUGCUUGGUCUAGCAACUUUUUCUAUACCUACCAAUUCAAUAAUGUGAAUGGGGUGUUGUUUAAUUUGAGGACAAGAGGGUUCAACAAUGUUUUCUACUGGGGAGCACAGAUGGUGGGGUCGGUUGGAAUUGGAUACAUAUUGGAUUUCAGUUUUAAGAGUAGGAGGACUAGAGGUUUGUUUGGAAUUAGUUUGGUGGCGCUAUUGGGUACUGGAAUAUGGGCAGGUGGCCUGGCUAACCAGCUUAGAUACUCUCGCCACAACGUGCUAGACAAGUUGGAUUUCAAGGAUUCAGGUUCAGAUUUUGUUGGGCCUUUCUUCUUGUACUUCUGUUUUGGGCUGUUGGAUGCCAUGUUCCAGAGUAUGGUGUAUUGGGUUAUUGGAGCCUUGGCAGAUGAUUCAGAGACUUUGAGCAGGUAUAGUGGAUUUUAUAAAGGAGUGCAGAGUGCAGGAGCUGCAGUUGCAUGGCAAAUUGACACACACCAUGUUUCCUUCAUGUCUCAGUUGGUUGUGAAUUGGUCACUCACAUCGCUGAGUUAUCCUUUGCUGGGGUUUCUGGUGUUCUUCGCUGUGAAGGAAGACAAGAAGCCUACUGAUGAAACUUGUAAGGAGGCUAAUUCUUGUAUUAGCUAAUUUAAUUGAUACAAAAAUUUAAGUUCUAUAAUUGCGUUUGUUUAUGUUUUUUUUUUCUGCCACAUCUUUCUUGAUGUAAUGUUUACAACAUGUUUACCGAAAAUAGAAUAUUGUACAGCAGAGACACUUCUAUUUACCUUUCUUGAGAAAUGCUCCUAGAUACCUUCCAAGUUUAUGAUGCAA